UUGAGCUUCGCUUUUGAGCUUCUCUUCUAAAUUCUAACCGAACCCCACUCAUGAAGCUAAACCGCUGCCACCACCCACUCCGCCCCACACGCCGCCACUUUGCCACAAAGUACACCGCCAAGAUCACCUCCACCUCCCCAACCGGUCGCUCUCUCGCCGCCGAAGUGACCCCUCCGCGGCCUCUCCCCUCCGACCCCCGAGGCUACCUACUCCCCCGCCGCCACCUCAUCUGCAAAGCCACCCAAAUCCUUCUCUCCCACUACAACAACCACAUCCCCAACCCUUCCAGCCGAAACCCCAAAACGCCGUUGUUCUCAGACCCAUUCUCCGACCUCUCCGACUACCUCCAGUCCCUCCAACCCCAAUGCCCGACCGUCCUCACCCCUCUCGAAGCCUCCGAGAUCCUCAAAUCCCUAAAAUCCCCAUCCCUUGCAUGGAAAUUCUUCCACUUCUGCCCCUCUCUUUCCCCCAAUUUCCGACACGAGUCCUUCACCUACAACCGCCUCCUCCUCAUCCUCUCCAAUUCCACCUCCCCCGAACGCUUCGACAUGGCCUGCGACCUCCUCCGCGACAUGGACCGCCUCGGCAUACGUGGCUCAAUCUCCACCGUUAACAUUCUCAUUGGAUUCUUCGGCACUGGCCAGGAUCUCGAGAUGUGUGUUGGGUUGGUGAAGAAGUGGGAUUUGAGGCUCAAUGCCUACACCUACAAGUGCUUGCUUCAGGCGUAUUUGAGGUCACGCGAUUCGUCUAAGGGUUUUGAUGUGUAUUUGGAGAUGCAGAGGCGCGGUUACAAGUUGGAUAUCUUUGGUUACAACAUGCUCUUGGAUGCUUUGGCUAAAGAUGGAAAGGUGGAUAAGGCAUAUAAAGUUUUUGAGGACAUGAAGCGGUGGCAUUGUGAGCCUGACGCGUUUACAUACACCAUUAUGAUCAGAAUGACGGGUAAAUCUGGUAAACCUGAUGAGUCUCUAGCACUUUUUCAGGCGAUGUUAAAAAAAGGGCGUAUUCCUAAUUUGAUUGCUUAUAAUACUAUCAUUGAGGCCCUUGCCAAGGGGCGAAUGGUUGACAAGGUCAUUCUAAUUUUCUCAAAGAUGGUGGAGGAUGAUUGUCAGCCUAAUGAAUUUACAUACAGUGUGCUUUUGAAUGUUUUGGUUGCUGAAGGACGCCUUAAUAAGCUUGAUGAUAUAGUGGAGUUAUCAAAGAAGUAUCUUAAUAAGAAGAUAUACGCAUACUUUGUAAGGACUUUAAACAAACUGGGUCAUUCUAGUGAAGCACAUAGACUAUUUUGCAACAUGUGGAACUAUCAUGACAAGGGUGAUAGAGAUGCUUACAUGUCCAUGGUGGAGAGUUUAUGCAAUGGUGGUAAGACAACAGAAGCUAUAGACCUUCUUGGUAAAAUUCAUGAAAAGGGUAUAACUACUGAUACUAUGAUGUAUAAUACAGUAUUCACUGCUCUGGGAAGGUUGAAGCAAAUAUCACAUAUUCAUGAUCUUUUUGAAAAGAUGAAACAAGAUGGCCCUCCACCAGAUAUAUUUACAUACAAUAUUCUGAUCUCCAGCUUUGGUAGAUCUGGGGAAGUUGACAUUGCCGUAAAAUUGUUUGAAGAACUAGAGAGUAGCAAUUGUAAGCCCGAUGUUGUUACCUAUAACUCUCUGAUCAAUUGCCUUGGAAAGAAUGGGGAUGUUGAUGAAGCUCACAUGAGGUUUAGAGAGAUGCAAGAGAAAGGAUUGAAUCCAGAUGUUGUAACUUAUAGUACACUGAUUGAAUGUUUUGGCAAGACGGAAAAAGUUGACAUGGCGCGUAAAUUAUUUGAUGAGAUGCUUGCAGUAGGAUGCUAUCCUAACUUGGUCACAUAUAACAUUUUACUCGAUUGUCUUGAAAGGAGCGGGAGAACUGCUGAGGCAGUGGACCUUUAUGCAAAACUUAAGCAGCAAGGAUUGACACCGGAUUCAAUCACAUAUGCUGUGCUUGAACGGUUGCAAAGUGGCGGGCAUAACAGGUUGAGAUUUCGCAGGCAGAACCCUGUUACAGGAUGGGUUGUCAGCCCUUUAAGAUGACACAAUAGACAAAGUAGUUGUUUUUUGUCUAUAUCAGGCCAAGAACUUUUGUACUUUGGCUUUCACAGGGCUAUAACGCUGCUAAAUCCAUAGUUGCUUUGCUGGCAUAAAGAAUCCAAAUGAUUAUGGAAAUGUGAUCAACCUUGGUUCCAAUCAGAUGUACUGCUUCAAGUGCAGUAGCUACAUACAUGUUCAAGAAAUCAUAGCUGCAUCAUGUUGAUUUAUGAAAUCAAGUUUUCCUGCAUUGGGGGAGUUCGGUGACGAGAGGUAUCUGUUAUUAAUCUCUUAUGUAUUCUGAUAAUUUGAUUCAUAAUAGUAUCUAUACCAAGCUCAUACAAGGAUAAACAAAAUUUGGGGGGCAAAGACAAACCAAUAUUUUCUCUUUUUAAAUAGAAUUUUCAUUUCUUACAUGUAUAGAAUAAUGAUAAUGAUAGGUAAAAUCUAGAAUCCAUUUCCCUGGAUUAUCUUUUUGCACAUUGUUCUAGGAUGCUGUUGUAUUCUGCAAAAUGUAAAGCUACGAAACUGAAAUGAAAUAUUCCCCUUCCUUAUAUUCUUUCUCCUGCUAAUUAUUCAGU